CUCGAGUGUGUUCGCACUUCCUUAAAGCAGUCACGAUAUCGCAUGAAUACCUUUUUAUCCAUAUUAGGAGCGCAACCUCGAGACGAAUGUAGCAAAGCGCGAGGCUUAACGUUGUACACAGGAGCACAGCGUUCGCCGAUCGACCCAGCCGCUAAAUAUCUCUUACGGAAGAUAGCGUGAUCAGGAAUUUCGUCAAAGUGACCCUGGGUCACACAGAGCUUUAUGCUUCCCGGGUAAGUAAACAGUUGGUGAAACGAUUGAGAAUAAACUUUGUAAUAUCAUGCAAAGACGCGCGCGGAGGCGGACUUAAUGUGGGCCUGAGCGCCGUAUAUAUAGAGCGGUGGUACAUCACGACAACCAAUCAGUUCAGUGUGAACGGACGAGCCGAGCAUUCUUCGAAAAGGUAGCGUGUAUAUCCUAGCGAAGUUGAAAGUUGGAAAUCCCGAGCGGUUGGAAGUCCGAGGUAAACAAAGUCAUUUGACAAACUUCGUCGAGUCGUAUACGUCAGUAUAUAAGGAGCAUAACUCAACGAAAAAAUUGACGUUACUCCAAUAACCGAGUAAUUGAAGGACCAGUUUCUGUACAAGACAUUUUCAGGAAAACGGUUUCUCAAAGCGGUUGUUGUUGAUCUCAGAGCAUCACAAACGAUUGUCAAAGGCUUUACAGCGAGCUUAUUAAAUCUUGUUGACAUUCUUGUAAUCGCUUUCCAAAUCGUCAACGUGCAUCCUCAGAGAGCGCGCUAUCCUUAGAGAACUGCGCCGAAGGUCUGUAGGUCGGUGAGACAGGGAUCAUACCACCACAACGAGUCCAUAUUUCACAACGAUUUAGCCUUAAGAAAUUUGGUCGCAAAUACCGGAGGCUCAGCGUCAGAAUUAUAGUCAAAAUCAAAACCGAAAUUAUUAUCUUGUUAAGGGCAAUCAACUGAGAUCUUAAACGCAGCAAGUCUCGAGUAUUUGAACAGUUAAAGAAUGGCCUGCAAAACGCUUUCCCUUGUUGGCCUUUUCAUCGAGUUGUUUCUGCUUUACGUCGUUGGCAACAUCGUGAAACACAUUCCGUGCGCGAAGCGAAUGAUAAUAAAGCGUAUGAAUAGAAAGGCUUCAAUCGUAAUGCCAGUCGACAAUUACUGGCAUACUCUGUUUUCCUGGAGUCUUAUUCAAACUCUGUGGAAAUACGGCAAAUACGAGUUGAGCAAGACCUCAAAAGUUGGCUGCGUAGCGCCAAACCCGCCCUUGGUGACGGGCGAGAAAGGGCAAACGAGUGUACAUCUGUUGGACCUUGUCAAAAACUCGCGACCUCUAGUAGUGAUAUUUGGUAGUUGUACGUGUCCAGUGAUUAUUACUAAACUGGACCAGAUGUUGGAAGUCCACAGAGACUUUUCAGACAUCGCUGAUUUUGUCGUGAUUUAUGUCCAGGAGGCUCAUCCGGACGAUGGAUGGCGGAUGAAGAACAACUACAACAUCAGAAGACACAAGUCUAUCGAAGAUCGUGUGGAGGCCUCGCAAACACUUCGCUCCCUUCUCCCGUCAGGAAUUCGUUUCUGUGUGGACACGAUGACAGACGAGGCGAGCAAAUCAUACAGCGGAUGCCCAAACAGAAUCCUUGUCAUCGAAGAAGAUACAUUGGUUUAUCAAAAUGGCCCAGGACCGACUUGGUUUGACUUCGAUGAAACGAGAGAAUGCUUGCAAAAGUACCGCAAUAACAAUGUUGUAUGAAUCCUGAACGGCAUUGUGGACACACAUGUAUAUUACUCUUCCACUAAAGCACUGUUCGAAAGGCCAGAAUUGAUGGGAGUUGAAACUCGUACUUGAUACUUUUUGCCGAAGGGGAUAUAUAGCCGAUCACAGGGUCAACCCAAAAAAAAAGAAAAAAAACACAAUAUAAUGGCACAGAGCAAGAACGGAUUGUUUGCAUUAUAGUGACUUUCUCAUAUCGCUUUCAGAAUCACUUGUGUGAAAUCGCAUGAAUAUGGAGUUAAUUCAAACCAAGAGCAUGAAUAUACGUAUAUAAGUCUGUAAGAUAACUACUUGCUCGUACAAGUAAACUCACUAAUAUUAUGUUUAUAUGUUAUAUAUAUUGGUUUUAUUGCUACCGUGUAGUUCGUCUAGAUAAAGAAACAUUGUAUCUUAACGUUUCUUACAAAAUGUAUAAUACUAUAUCGUAUAUAUUACUUCACAUAUAUUUGAUAGGAUAGCUUUAUAACUGUACAGACAGUAUUGUGUAUUAUGUAAAUGGGAACAACAAUUCUGCAUGUAAUAUUAUUUGUAUAAAAACAUCACUUAAUCGCAUUUGUAACUAAGGCUGUCGCUUGU